AUGUCUGGUCGCCAGUCCGUGACACCUUAUCCUCGGCCGACCAGCGGUCGGGCAUCAUGUGUUGGGGACAUCUCAUGGUGGGAUGUGGGCGAGGAAUGCGGUGAAGAGCUCUUCGAUUUACUCGUGCAUAAGGAGAAUCUGCUGGCCAUGGGCCGGCUCUACCUGACUUGGUGUCACGGACAACCCAUAUCGCUGUUCAACCCCGACACAUUCCUAGAAUCGCUGACAUUUCGGGAUCUUGAACUAAUCCUUGCACUGCAGACACUGAGCCUUCGAUAUCCACCUGGCACGCUGACGCCCCAGAAGCGCGAGAAAUUGGAUUCAAUGGAAAAGGAAGCAAGGAGCGCCGCCAUGAGCCGCAUCGCAACUUCGGAAGCUGAGCUGUCAACCCUCCAGACACUGUGCAUUCUGAGCAUGGUCGAGUUCGCAGAUGGCAAAGUUGCCCAAGCAGGAUUGCACGUGGCCAUUGCAAGUCAGCUAGCUCAAUGUGUGCAGCCCAACAACAUGCUUGGGGAUGCCCAAGAGUUCAACGAUUGUGUCCAUAGCAUCAUUAUGCUCCAGAAUCUUCAAGGCUGCAUCCCGCCAACCACCGGUCCUGGCAGUGCUCUCUCCUGCGGCAACGCGCCUUCGAUAUCUCAAAUCCACGCUGCGGCUCUUUCAGGCGUGGAGCCGUCAUUUUCGUCAUCUGGGGUGGCUCUCGGGCACAGCCAGAUGGACUCGGGCAUCAUGAAGUAUGCUCUCGAGUUGAGCGAGGCUUGGAGAAUGGCCAGAGCCUACGCUGCAAGCCGCGUUGCCUCAGAUGCGCUUCCGCCAUGGAAUCAGCGCUCGGAUUACUCGGAAAUCAUGCAUCUCCAUCUCGAGUUUGACUGCCGUGUGCCGUUGAAGUAUCGCUUUGCGGCUAAUAAGUUUGCAGAACAGGAUCGAGACGCUUUAGAGCAACACCGUGACUACUGGGGCCCGUGGCUCUUUGUACAGAUUGUGUAUGCCGUCAUUCCAUGCAUACUCAACCAUCCCUUCUUGUUGUCGAUGCGACUCAAGAAUUGUCGACACACGGUGCCUCAAUCCUUCAUUCACCACUCCUUUGAAUACAUAAACCGGCAUGCCGGGUGGAUAGUAUACUUUAUUAAUUUGUUGGAGAAGAAGUCGUUUCACAUUUCCGACCCAUCGCUGGCUCAUUGUAUCGCCAUCGUCGCCACAAUUCACCUCCAGCACAGCUUCGUUCAAGACCGAGCGCUCCGAGAUAAGGCUCAGCAGGGAUUCGACAAAUGCAUGAGUUGCCUGCGAAGAAUGGGGGGAACUUGGCCCUGUGUGUCCAUCAUGGCGAAUAACCUCGCAAAAUUGAGAGAAAGCGUGGGAGUCGUCCAAUCUCCAGACUCACUCAACCGAGAGCUCGUCAGCGGCCGCAAGUCAUUUUCCAUAGACGCCCAGCUUCUAUGGGACAUUCUAAUCUACGAACGCGCUGGCCGCCCAGACGCAGGCGCGGACCAGUCAAUCUUUGGCAAGACGUUGAAAGUCGGCAGCAAGUCUCGCGAAGAUGACGUGCGGACUGCUGCCGAAUUUGAUCUCGUGGGCUCAGCGGGCAUAUCUGGCCACAAGGCCGUCUCCAAAGAGACGCCGGCUUACGCACCAAACGAAGAUGUGCCACCCACUCCGCGGGUUCUCGAGAACAUGGGUGAAGUGGGCGAAGCUACGCCGGAUAUUGGUGUAUCGGUCGAAGAUCGCUUCUUCGAGGGCAUCGGUGGCCGGGAUGGGCAGGAACACUUGUUUCUUCAGGCCAAUGACUUUGGGAGGGCUAUUGACAAUUGGCUAAGCUUUGAUUCAUUCUGA